GGAAUUCCCUAGGACUUUAGUGCGACGUCACACCGUCAGUUCACAGCCAGCUCACUUUCAGGCAUGGACUUAGGAAGGUGUCUUGUGGAAGAGGCACCCCCUACUGUGCACUACAUACCUAACUUUGUCACAGCUGAGGAGGCAGAGGACUUGUGGAAACAGGUUUAUGCUGCCCCUAAGCCCAAAUGGACCCAACUCUCCAACAGAAGAUUACAAAACUGGGGUGGUGUACCUCAUGAAAAGGUAGGUGUAACGAGGGGACUUACCCUCUAUUAAGUUCCUAUUGAACGUAACAUACAGGGGAUGGUGUGUGAGCCGAUGCCAAAGUGGCUGAGUGACUGCCGUGAACGGGUUAAGGAUCUGGGAGUGUUUGGAGACAAGACACCCAACCAUGUGCUUGUUAACGAAUAUACCCCCGGCCAAGGAAUAAUGCCUCACGAGGACGGUCCUCUUUACCAUCCAGUAGUCACUACCAUUAGCCUCGGGUCCCAUACUCUCCUUGACUUCUACAAGUCUCUCAGCAACACUGACCACCAGGACACCACGCACGAUGCGAGUUAUGAGUCCCGCUACAUAUUCUCACUGCUCCUGGAGCCCCGAAGCCUACUUGUCUUACAGAAUGACAUGUACACCAGAUAUCUACAUGGAAUAUCGCAGAGAGAGAAAGACACGGUCUCUGAUCAACAGAGAGUGGCUAAUGGCUCCAGGCUGGGUCAGCCCCUGUCAUUUGCAGAGGAAUUAAACAGAUCCACUCGUGUCUCCCUCACCAUAAGACACGUUCCGAAAACAUUCAAAAUAAAACUCAAACUAAAAUGAAUCAGACAGCACAAAAUAUUCAAAAUUCAUUAUGAUGUAUAGCUAUAAUGUCUGAAGUCAGUAUCUCAGCUAUAUACUAGACUAAGACUACAAUUGAGAUUGUACACAGCUAGACUGGCUAUAGGAGGAGAACAAGAGCCAGAGGCAGUAGGAGAUGAGCCAGACUCACCACCACACCACUAACACCGGAGGCUGUGGUGGAGAAAUCACCCAGUCACAUUAUUUUCUCACUCUUUUGUGAGUGAACUGUGCUACUCAACUGAGACAUUAGGAGUACAAUAGGCAUUAUGAGUACAAUGAACAACCACUGGUGUUUGUAUUACUGUUAAUUACUU